UAACGGUGCAAAGUAGCGUGCGGCGAGGUGCGCAAAAUUCCUUGACGUUUUCGCCGGCUUUUUUCUACACUACUGGAAAGAUGUUCAAGGGCCUGGUCGGACUGGUGACGGGCGGCGCCUCGGGGCUGGGCAGGGCCACCGCCGAGCGGCUGGUCCGGGAGGGCAGCCGGGUGGUCAUCUGCGACCUGCCCGCCUCGGCCGGCCAGGACGUGGCGUCGGCGCUCGGUGACAGCGCCCUCUUCGUGCCUACGGACGUUGUAUCAGAGAAGGACGUGCAGAACGCGGUGGGUGCCGCCAAGGAGAAGUUCGGCAAGCUUGACAUCACGGUCAACUGCGCCGGCAUUGGCGUGGCCUUCAAGACGUACAACUUCAAGAAGGACAAGCCCCAUCAACUAGAGGACUUCACAAAAGUUCUCAUGGUCAACACGGUCGGUACGUUCAACGUGAUCCGCCUGGCUGCCGGCCUAAUGGGACAAAACGAGCCGGACGCCGCCGACGGCCAGCGCGGCGUCAUCGUCAACACAGCGUCAGUGGCCGCUUACGACGGCCAGGUGGGCCAGGCCGCCUACUCGGCCAGCAAGGGCGCCAUCGCCGGCAUGACACUGCCUAUUGCGCGCGACCUGGCGCCCCAGGGCAUCCGCGUCGUCACCAUCGCGCCAGGUCUCUUCCUGACGCCGCUGCUGGAGGGCCUGCCGCCCAAGGUGCAGACGGCGCUGGCGCAGACGGUGCCGUUCCCCAAGCGGCUGGGUCGGCCGGACGAGUACGCCCAGAUGGUGUGCAGCAUCGUCGAGAACCGGAUGCUCAACGCCGAGGUGGUUCGGCUGGACGGCGGCAUCCGCAUGCAGGCGUGAGGAGGAGGAGGCCGGCCGGCCGGCCGGCCGGAGGGCCCGGCUCCCGUUGGGAGUGGGGCCAGGCCGGGAAGGCGCGGCGGCGCAGUCUGCGGUGCGGGGCCCGCUGCUCGCCGUGGCCUCGCUCCGUCCCUGGUGACGCCGGCGGCCCCCGGCUCUCCCCAGAACGGACCCGCUGUUCGCCGUGGCCUCGCUCCGUCACUGGUGACGCCGGCGGCCCCCGGCUCUCCCCAGAGCGGGCCCGCUGCUCGCCGUGGCCUCGCUCCGUCACUGGUGACGCCGGCGGCCCCCGGCUCUCCCCAGAGCGGGCCCGCUGCUCGCCGUGGCCUCGCUCCGUCACUGGUGACGCCGGCGGCCCCCGGCUCUCCCCAGAACGGACCCGCUGUUCGCCGAUGCCUCGCUCCGUCACUGGUGACGCCGGCGGCCCCCGGCUCUCCCCAGAGCGGGCCCGCGGCUCGCCGACAGCCACGGGCCAGGAGCAGUCGGACAGAUCGGGCAGAAGUGAGUCUGGGCCAGAGGAACACGGUAGUGAUGUAGGGCGCCGCAGUGCGACAGGCGGUGGUGUGCUAAUUGUUGCGACGGCGUCAGUAUCGCCGGUGUAAUGUAGAUAUUUUCGUAAGCAGUCUUUGUCAGAGCGGAUCGUCAGGGACGUGGUUGGCCAUUGUGUGGUUAAAGGGUCUAUUCGUCGAUGCUCGUGGUCACGCACCUUCAUGCGAUGACUGAAUCGACCAGAGCCCGGCUGGUUAUUCAUGCCGUACUCUGGUAAUAUAGAAGUAACGAUAGUUGGCUAGAUGCCAUCGGCAAGGUGCAAUACACUUGUGAGAAUCA